AACUUACCAACCACAAAUACUCCAUAGUAAUGCAUCAACCCCUCAUGACAUCUUCAACCCCACAUUAUGAACAUGGACGAUCACCCGCGAACAUCUCGUAUGACAUCGGCUGCCUCCAUCCGGACUCUUUCUUCGGCGUCUUCUAUCCGGCUUCUUUCUUUCCGGAAUCACCGAGGUAGUCUAUAUCUAGUCCAAUCAGCGUAUCUGGAUUUAUAUCCACCUUGUCUAGGAUAUCCAAUCCAGCUUCAUGGUGAUCGUGGCAGGGUUGAGCUUCCCCGCGUUGACGGAUGAGGGUUUCCUCGGUCCGCUUUUUCAUAUGAUUGUAUUGUAUAGAGCAAUGAUGGUGAUGAUGGUGAUAAUAUUGAUGUUUGUAUAGAAGAUGGUAGAUU